AUGAGUUAUUUCUUUGUUAUUUCACACAAGUUUAUUCAUCUUUAUUUCGCAAAUAUCAUUUGGCUUGCAUAUGAAUUCGCAAUCUCUUUCUUCUAUUGCCAGAAUGACAUCAGUUACAUGCCUGGCUCAUUAAUAUUUUAUUUGAUUGUUCGAUUGAUUUCUCAUUUUUGUUAUUCAUUCCAUGUUCGAUAUGGCAAAACUGUUUUAGAUUUUGUCUAUCCAGAUUUCAAGAGAGAUGUACAUGCGAUAUUCUCAAAGAAUAUGUCAUUGAAGAGGAUUCCAUUGAUCUUCGAGAUCAAGUCAUUAUUCCAUUGGAUGUCGCAAGACACGUAUGUCAAAUACAAUGAUUUCUUGGGUCUUGGCUAUUUGAGAUUAGGAUUAGAAUGCACACUCAUUCGCAAGUACAAACGAAAUCUUAAGACAUUAGAAAAGCGAUUUAGAAUCGGAAUAUUGUUACUCGCAGGAAUUGCGAUUCUCAUUUUCUUACCUUUGUUUUUCAUGUUCCCGAAAGCUCAGAAAGUCACUGUUGUCAAGAACACUCCUGUUGAAGCAAUUUUGAGUAUUGGAUACACAGAGAUGCCAAAAUUAUAUAAGAGACACGGAAUCAUUAAGAUAUUGUCAUCAGAAGAGAAAGAAAAUAUAUUGAACAAAACGGAUUUUUAUUCAGAUUUGACAUAUUCAGAUGAUGAUGAAAUUGCAGUUUUAACAUUCAAGACAGAGUCAUCUGUUGUUUCGACAUUGAAUAUUAGAUCUAUUAUGUCCUCAGGAGGAAGUUCAGUUCCUAUUAUUUCCCUCAAAUUGUACUUCAAUAACACGGUUGAUGAAAGAAACUUAAAUCCAGUUCUCUACACAACAGUUAUGCCUCCUUUGACAGAUGAAGAAAUUACUGAGAAUGUUAAUCAUUUCAACUCUACAUUGCAGCUUGCCACUCAGUACAAAGUCAUUGAUUACAUGAAGAUUUAUCAACAAGGAAAACCUAAAGCAUCUACCAAUAACACCACAACAGUCCAACUGACAUAUGUUGUGAACGGAAACUAUUGGGAAACAAAUGAUGAAAUAUCCAUUGUUGUUUGGUGUGAAAAGACAGAGCGUAAAGAAUAUAAUGAUUCGUCAUCAUCUACGACAUCAGGCUUAGGUUUGUAUAUUUUGUUAUUAAUCACAUUUGGCUUAGUUCUUAGAUACCAGAUCAACAACCACAUUGAUUACUUCUGGUUUGAGAAGAUGAAAGAUUCGAACAGAUCUACAAGCGAUUCCUUCUUAUGGACGCAUUCAGAUCAACAGGCGAUGCUGAGAGAGAAAGUGAAAUUGCUGAUAACUUGA